AUAUCUCACAAUCCCACAGACCUGUUUGGACAGCGGAGACGCACUAAAGUACUACCCUGAGGACCCCUGGUGCAUAUAUGCCUCAGGCACAUUUCCUUAUCGAUAGUUGACAUCGCGACUGUCGGUCGCGUACACAAAUCAACGACGUGAUACUGUAGCUCAGAUUGAACAGCGAGCUUUCGUUCAGAUAUGGAUUUAUCACUUCAAGCUUGUUAAUCUCGUUAGCUUCCGGAAUGUCUACCAAUUCUAAAAUGGCGCUCCUGACGGAGCAUUUGCGCCAUACGCCAGUGAGUCUACUCGACGAUAUUAUAGAUAGUAUCAAUAAAUUAGCAUGGAAGGCCGUAGAUGCCGUCGAGCAAGGCCUCUCCACCGCACCCCCGGAAGCCCUAGGCCUCAACAUCGAUCCGUCAGAUCCAAAAUCGGUAGAGCUAGAGGCGCAAGUGAAACUUGAGAUUGAGGCCGGCGCACACAAACUAGAGACCUUACUGGGCACUACUAUUGACAAAAACUUUGAUAAGAUGGAAGUGUUUGCUUUACGGUCAAUUGUUGCCAUUCCAGACGAUUUAGAAGACUGGAUAAGGCUGCCGCAUUACGAGGGCUUGAACUUUAAACACCCAGACGACGCGCCGACUAUCGAGACAAUCCGCCUUCAACGAGCCAAAGUACAAGAAGCGCAAAGACUCAAUCGGCUGCUAACCGCAGAGUCUUCGAAGAACACAGCCAUCAUCAACCGCUUGCGAUCACUGCGUGGGCUUCCUCCAAAGUCUGCCCCUGAAACCUCGAAGGCGCCAGGAUCAUCCGAGCCGAGCACAAAUGAUACAGCAUACCCGGUGUUUGCGCAUUUGGAAAACAAAGCCGACCUCGCAGAUGGCACAGGAGAUACGCCGCUCAGCACCAAUGCUGCCUUCGUCCUUUCUCAGCUACCGGCGCUCAAAUCCCUGUUGGCGGAGCUGAAGCCACAAGAAAGGCUCCUAGGGGAAAGAAAGAAGGCGGACCCGAAUAUUGCGGAAGGGCAAGGGGAAAAGACUUGGCGGAAGCAGCGUGUAGAGUAUAUUGAGACGCAGACGAGGAGACACUUGGAAAAGGUUGUUGGACUAGAACUAGGGAAGAAUGGCGAGGUGGGAGAUGGAGAAUGGCAAGCCGAAGGGAGGAAACUUGCAAAAGGGGAGGUGCAAGACUUAGAGAAGAUGGUGGAGAUGAUAGGAGGGGGAAGCUCCGAAGGGAAGGACGAGAAAAUGACAGACGUUUAAGAAACUUUCAGCUGGCGUUGGACAUUCACUUGAUAAAGAGUACAAGAUAUUUGGCGUUUGAGAUGUGUAAGAACAUCGAUGAGGUAUGGUAUCAUGAAUUAUGUUCUCUUAUAUCUAAUACACACUGUACAUAUACUACACUUAAACCGAAAACUCCUCCACAAGCC